AUGUCGACAUAUAAACUCUAUUAUUUCAAUGCACGUGGCCGUGCCGAAGUAUCGCGUUUAAUAUUUGCUGCUGCUGGUCAAAAAUAUGAAGAUAUUCGUUAUGAACGUGAUCAAUGGCCAUCACAUAAAAGUGAAAUGCCUUUAGGUCAAAUUCCUGUUCUCGAAUUUGAUGGAACAAAAUUACCACAAUCAUUAUCAAUUGCUCGUUUUCUAGCUAAACAAUUUCAAUUAGCUGGUAGAGAUAAUUUUGAACAAGCUAAAGUCGAUGCUGUGGCUGAUACAGUUAAUGAUUUAUUAUUAAAGUUUGUCCCAGCUCGUUUUGAAAGUGAUGAGACCAAAAAGGAAGAACUUAUAAAGAAAUUUCUUGCAGAAGAAUUACCCAAGCAUUUACAAAAUCUUGAAGUAUUAGGUAAAUUAUAUGGUAAUGGUGGUCCAUUCUUUGUUGGCAAUCAUUUAACAUGGGUAGAUUUAUUCUUUUAUGAAAUAGGAUAUAACAUGCUCCAAUUAGAUGCAAAGUCUUUGGAUAGUCAUCCAUGGUUAAAACAUAAUCGUGCCGAAGUCGAGAAACAACCAAAAAUUGCUGAAUAUCUCAAAAAUCGACCAGAAACACAAUUUUAA